AUGCCUGCCCAGCCGAGCCUGCCCCGCACUCGCUACCCGGAGGACGACCGGCCGAGCCUGCCCCGCGCUCGCUACCCGGAGGACGACCGGCCGAGCCUGCCCCGCGCUCGCUACCCGGAGGACGACCGGCCGAGCCUGCCCCGCGCUCGCUACCCGGAGGACGACCAGCCGAGCCUGCCCCGCGCUCGCUACCCCAAGGAAGACUGGCCGGGAUCACCCCAUACCGGCUGCCCCGCGGAGGAGCCGAGCCUGCCUCUCACCAGCUACUCCGAGGACCCGCUGGACCUACCCUCGAACACUUACCCCGAGGAGCCGAUGGUGGUUGACCACUGCGCUGACCCCACGACGACUCAGGGGAAGAGGCCCUAUGAAUGCACUGAGUGUGGAAAAUGCUUCCCUAGCAGCUCAGGCCUUUCUCAACAUCAGAGAAUUCACACAGGGGAGAGGCCCUAUGAAUGCAGUGAGUGCGGGAAAACCUUCAGUCGCAGUUCACACCUUAUUACGCAUCAGAGAAUCCACACAGAGGAGAGGCCCUAUGAAUGCAGUGAGUGUGGAAAAUGCUUCACUAGCAGCUCAGGCCUUUAUCAACAUCAGAGAAUCCACACAGGGGAGAGGCCCUAUGAAUGCAGUGAGUGUGGGAAAAGCUUCACUAGCAGCUCAAACCUUCUUGCCCAUCAGAGAAUCCACACAGGGGAGAGGCCCUAUGAAUGCAGUGAGUGUGGAAAAUGCUUCACUGACAGCUCAGCCCUUUCUCAACAUCAGAUAAUCCACAGAGGGGAGAGGCCCUAUGAAUGCAGUGAAUGUGGGGGAAAAUUCAAUCGCAGCUCAGACCUUAUUAGACAUCAGAGAAUCCACACAGGGAAGAGGCCCUAUGAAUGCAGCGAGUGUGGGAAAACCUUCAAUCACAGCUCAAACCUUCUUACCCAUCAGAGAAUCCACACAGGGGAGAGGCCCUAU